UAUCAAACUGACCCUUGUGGCUUUCCGUACCUGCUGCGGUCCAAACCGUGACGGACCGAACCUUUACAGCUGGGGUUCUGCUGCAGAACCAGCCCACUGCUGCGGGGACUAGACAGAAUAAAGCAUAAAUAAAGUUUAAUGUGGUUUAAAUAAGACUACAUUUCCCUGACAGGUCCAUAAAGUGAAGGCCCGGUUCUGGUCAGCGGUGCUGCGUUCACGGCCCAGCUGGGCCCAGCUGGGACGGAACCUCCACCGCUGCUGGUUCUGGUGGAUCAGAGCAGCUGUCCGGGGGCCACCUUACCCACAAUGCACCGUGGCUGCCCGGACUAAGAUGGCGGCGGACGGCUGCAUCUUCCACAGGACCCUGACCCGGUCCAGAGCCGCUCCGAACCAGGCGUCCUCUCCGGUGGUCUGCAGGCAGGUUCUGCGGGUUCUGGACGUGCGGCGCUACAGCAGAGACCAGGGCUCCUCCGUCUACUUCCCCCAGGCCGUCCUCAGUGGUGAGGACCUGUAUGACGUCACGCUGACUGACGGCCACUGCCGUCUGCAGGUGACUCUGGACCCCGGGCUGAACCGGCUGGUGGAGCGGCGGCUUCUGCAGCCCGGCUCGCCGCUCUGUAACGCCACCUUCACUCCCUCCCUCAGCGCCCAGCUCCCAGAAUGCCCUGGGGCCUCAGCGGACAGAGACAGCUACAGACUGGUGAGCGUUCAGGUCAGAGGCUCAGCUGAUGAGGAAGAGGAGGAGGAGGAGGAGAGAGGAGGGAGGUCCCAGGAGGAAUGGGGCGCUCUGCCCUGGUUCGGAUCUUCAGGUCCACUGGUUCCCCUGAGAGCCAGCAGGAGCGUCUUCCUCCCCCUGUGGAACAACGUGGACUACAGCGGGGAGGCGUGGAGGGAGGCUCCUCCCACCGAGGACAGCGAGGAGGAGGAGGAGGAGGAGGAGGAGGAAGGACGACAGCCGUCUGUCACCGUGCGCGAGCUGAGGGACUGCUUCCUGUCCGGUCGCCGUGGCGUCGCCAGGGGCGCCGUCCAGCAUCAGCUGAUCGUACGCAUCAUCAACAAGUCUCACCUGAUGUACUACGGGAGGCCAGACAGGAACUGUGAAUGCCCAUAUAAGGCCGUGCUGCAGGUGUGUGACCGGACAGGAAGUGUGUGUGUGGUGCUGUGGAACAGUGUAUGUGUCAGCUGGUACCGCCGUCUACAGCCCGGUGACAUCAUCAGCCUGAGACGCUACCGGGUCAAGCAGCACUACCAGGCGGACGUUGAUGACAUCGAAGUCAGCGUGAACAGCAGGAACCCUGCAGCCCAGAUCUCCGUCCUCCCCGAGUCCUCCGUCUCACCUGAGGACCUCCCGCCUGCGCCUCCCUACAGCUUCUACAACAGCCAGGAGCUGCUGGGGCGUCCUGAGGGAACGCUGUGUGAUGUCAUCGGCCUGCUCACCUUCUCGGGCCGGUCGGAGCGGGUCAGGAGUAAAGAUGGCCGAGGGGCGGGGCUUCUGCAGUACCGCUGGCUCCGAUUGGAGGACGGCAGCAGCCAUCAGCCAAUCACGGUGAAGCUCUUCUCCACCUCGCAGCCUGAGACUCACCUGAAGCUCCACCCACUGUCCGUGGUGGUCUGCACCCGCCUGAAGUCCGUCAGACCCGACCUCCGGCCCGGCUCCUUCUACCUGACCAACACCACCUACACACAGGUGUACUGCACAGGGCUGGGCCACCACUCCCGGAUGAGCUACCGCAGGCUGCAGCAGGUGCGGCGCUUCCUGCGCUGGCUGAGGGGACAGGAGGACCAGCAGGUGCUGCGCAGGGCUCUGAUUGGAGGGUUCUUCAUCCACCCGCCUCCACCCGUCUCCUUGGAGACGUUGAUGAAGGAGCGGAGAGGUGAGCUGGGCUUCCUGCAGGGGGCGGAGCUUCAGCGGGAGCUGGAGAGGCUCUGUUACCGGGAGCGACGCACCUUCUUCCUCCAGGCAACCGUUGCCAUGGUGACCUACAGCCACAGAGGACAGGAGGACCGCUGUUUGUUCUGGACGGACAGGCCUUCGUCCCUGUCCUCCCCCUCCUCUUCCUCCUCUUCCUCCUCCACCUUCUCUCCAUCCUCAGUCAUCAGCGCGUCCUCGCCUCGUCCUGCAGACCCCAGCUCGUCCUGCAGGAAGUCCAGGAAGAGGAGGAAGCUGCUGCUGUCUGAGACGCCCAAUAAGAGGCGUCCUCUGCUGGCCGUCCAGCCAGAAAACAACAACAGGACAGAGAUCCUGUUUGAAGCCUCCAUGGAGUUUCUGGAGAACGCCGCUGAUGAAGACGAGGAGGACGACGAUGAUGAAGAAGACUCUUCGUCCUUCACCACCGCUCCCCUCCCCCCGAUGUUCCCACCCGUCGCCAUAGAAACCUUACCCAUGUCUUUCGACUACGGUCACAGGGAGGAGCAGGCGGCUGCCGUGGCGAUGGGGGGCGGGGCCAGAGCGGGCAGCUUUGGCUCCGCCCCCUCUGACUACUACACAGUGAGCCUGAGAGCUCUGUCCGACGGGCUGAUGGUCCACGCCGUCUUCCUCCCUCACCUGUGCCCCGCCCCGCCCCGCCACGCCAACACCUGGACCUCCAUCCUGUCCCACGGAGCCUUCUCCUCAGCCACGCCUCCACCUUCUCCAGCUGACCUCAUCGCCAUGGCGCCCCAGCUGGCCAAUCAGAGGCUGGUCUGUGUCCUGGAGGCGUGUCACCUGGGCGGAGCCAGGACCGAACUGGUCCUCAGUCGCGGUUUCCACCUGAAGGACUGAGUGUGAGGAGAUGCAUCUCCAGCUGUUUCCAGGGAGGAACAGUAACUUCUCCACUGGACCUGGAUGGUCCAGAUGAGCCGGUUCCUCAUGAAGAACCUUCAAACGGACCUUCACUGCAGCGUCAUGGUGUCACAGGACUUAGAGAAGCUCUUAGUUAACAGAUGAUCAGGUCUGAUCCAGGCUGCUGCUGCUCUGGAACAGUUCAGCAGCCCCAGAGAUCUGGUUCCUCUAAAGAUCCACAGUCCUGGUUCCUCUGGAUGAAUUACAGUCCUGGUUCCUCUAAAGAUCCACAGUCCUGGUUCCUCUGGAUGACCCACAGUCCUGGUUCCUCUGGAUGAUCCACAGUCCUGAUUCCUCUAAAGAUCCACACUCCUGGUUCCUCUAAAGAUCCACAGUCCUGGUUCCUCUGAUGAUCCACAGUCCUGGUUCCUCUGAUGAUCCACAGUCCUGGUUCCUCUGAUGAUCCACAGUCCUGAUUCCUCUGAUGAUCCACAGUCCUGGUUCUUCUGAUGAUCCACAGUCCUGGUUCCUCUCUGAUGUUCUCCUCUCUACAGCUCAGGUUGAUCAUGGAGACGGCGUUCCUGUGGAUGCUCCUCAUGGUGUGGAGGAAACGUGGGUUCUGGUUCAGCCCAGUGGACCAAACGGACCUCUGGGAGGUUUUUCUUUAACAGGCGACCCGGUACCAGCGCCGCUGAUUCCCUAAAGUUGGACUUUCUUCACUGAAUGAAGUUAAAGGUUUAAUGUUUUCAGAUGUCUUUGAAUAUGAGAGCAGAUGUUCCCAAAGUUCUGGUUCUGCUCAGCAGCAGAUGUUCUGGAUCAGGUUCUAAACCAGUGUUCACAAUGAUAGAUGAAAUGUUGAGUUCCCUGAAGACGCGGUCCACCCCUGUGGACUCUGACUGACCCUCAGCUGCAGGUUCUGGGUUUUCUGCUGUAGGAUCUGUGCAGACCUGUCAGAACCAAACAGAACCAUGCAGAAUGUGGACCUCUCCCUGCUGCUGAAGCUCCUUCCUGUUCCAGUUUAAACCCACAGCGGCUCCAGCCUGUGGCUUUGCUUCCUGCUUCCACACCUGAAAAUAAUCUGGAUCAUUUCUGCUCGUUUCCAGCAGUCAUAACUUUUUUACCAAACCUGUUGGUCAGUCUGUGUUUUCUAAACUGUGAAAGAGUUUGGUGUCAAUAAAUAUAAAUCUGUUGAGUUCC